AUGGCUAAAUUAUAUCAUAACUUAAAUUAAAUAAAUCGAGAUAAAGUUGAUUUUAGGGAAUUAAAAUAAAAAUUUAUCAACAUUAAUUACUCAAAUAUUUCUAUAAAUGGUGAAAUUUAAUUAAAAUUAAUUAAUUAAUCUGUUAAAUAAAGUGGUAGAUGUAAUGCUAUAGUUUUUGAUUCUUCAGGAUCGAUAAUGGUAUCAACCGAGAAGAAUUAUAUUAUUAAAGUAUGGAAGUUUCAAAAUGGAAAAAUCAAAUUAAUCACAAAUUUAUAAGGACAUACAAGACAUAUAUAAUGUUUGGUUUAUAGUAAAAAAUAGAAUUCCUUUAUUUCUGGUGCAGGAGACAAAACUAUAAGAUGCUGGCAAUAAGUUGACUAAUUUAAUUGGAUUAGUUCAUAAGCUUAUUAAUAACAUAAAGAUUAUGUAAGAUGUAUUAUAUUGAAUUAAAAUGAAGAUUUACUAUUCUCUGGUAGCACUGAUAGAUCUAUAAAAGUAUGGAAGAUUAAUUUAAAUAAAAAUAAACUAAAAUAUCUGUAUUCAUUAUAUAAACAUGAUGAUAUUGUUAAUGCAUUGAAUUUAAAUUAAUCAGAAACAUAAUUAGUAUCAUGUGCAUAUAAUAAGUAUUAAAUUAUCAUUUGGGAAAAUGGAGAAUAUAAUAAAUUUGAAUUCAAAUAUAUUAUUAAAUAAUCAAUUUAAGAUUAUGGAUUUAAAGUUUAGUUUAUUAAAGACAAUUAAUUUAUUUGGUUAACUGGUGGUCAAGAAAUUGAUAAACUUUUUGUAUUUGAAUUAAUAGAUGGUAUUUUUUAAGAAAAUUAGGAUAAGACAAUUUAAUUGCUUAAAAAUAAUUCAACUAUUGAUGAAUAUCGUUUUCCAAUAUUAUAUAAUAAAGAAAUGAAUUUGAUAGUAGUAAGGCAUAAGACAUAUAUUUAUAUUAUUAGACAAACUAAUUAUGAAAAGUUGAAAAUAGUUGAUUUUUUGAAUUGCUACACAGAUGAUAUUUAUGGGAUGAUAACAAAUAAUGCAAAAUAUUUGGUGUAUUGGGAUAAAAAAAAUCAAGCAUAUUCUACUUAUGAAUUAUUAAAUAAAUAAAAAUUAUGA